GAGAAAACAGAUUAGCUCUUGAGCGCCAUGAAGUUCCUUACGAUUAAUUUCCUUUUAGUGUUUGCAUCUCUAGCAGUUGCUGAAGAAAUUAUUAUAGGUAAACUCUGUGACUCCUAUAACAUAACAAAUAAUUCAACUGACAUAAACCAGUUAAUAGGAACGUGGUACGAAAUUGCAAAAUAUGGACCAAAAGAAGACUGCAGUACAGACGACAUUUGUAAAAUUAAUGCAACACAUUAUAAUGUAGUACAUCAAAAUGGUAUCAAUAGCAGCCACAAUCAUGCAUACACCAUUCGAAACGAAAAUGGAACAAUUAAUUCGAAUGCAACCACUUCAGCCAUACAAAUAUUAAAUAUAGAAAAUGGGACCGCUUAUGCACUGUGGAGUUGUUUGAAUAUAACUAACACCAGUGACUCGACUCAAUCGUUGAUAAUUCUAUCCACCAACACAAACUACACAGGAUACAAGACUGUUUUAGCUAAUAUGGGAUUUGAUAACACCACUUCAAUUAAUCAUUCACCAGAAAUCUGUAACGUAACCUCGUAUGGUACUUUGAACUUAGCAUCACUUUGUAUUGUAACACUAAUAUUUUUCGUUAUUCAAAUAAUGUAAUACAAUAAUUCAACUUAUUUUAUCUGUAUGAAAAUCAGUAGCAAUAUAUCUUAAAUUUAUUCUAA